AUGGAGGGUGAUUGGGAUCGAGUAAAGGCUCAAAUAGCCCAAAUGCUGGAUAGUCGAGUUACACCUUUAGAGCAAGAGCUUGAGCAGCAGCGUGCACUUAUAGGUCAACUUACAAAAGCAAUUCAACUUCUCAGCGAAUCCCUCACUGCAUCUCCUUCUCAGACAUUGGCAAAACCAGCUAUGAAGGCUAAACCAAAGCAGCAUCCGCCUACUUCUUCAGCUGGCAAAGCUACUAACAAUAAUGCAAACGAAAGCUAG